AAUUAGUUUAUAUAAAAAACUAAACCAUAGUAACAAAAUAUUAUUAUCACUCUCUUUUGAUCGAAUUGCAUUCGCGCAAUAUAUAAGGAUGCAAAAGUCUAGCGGAACAGCUGCAUGCGCAUCGUGCAAGCAUCAAAGGAAGAAGUGCACGGACAGGUGUGUACUAGCUCCUUAUUUCCCUGCGGAGAAAACUCGCGAAUUCAAGGCGGUACAUAAGGUAUUCGGGGUCAGUAACAUCACAAAAAUCGUGAAAAAUCUAAGAGAAGAUGACCGGAGAAGGGCAGUUGAAUCGCUCAUAUGGGAAGCGUUCUGCAGACAAAAAGACCCGGUUUUAGGCCCUUACGGAGAGUACAAAAGGGUUCAUGAAGAACUCAAAUUGUACAAAACCCAAUACCAACAAAUUUUACAUCAGGGGAGUAAUAAUAACAAUACUGAUAAUAACGGAAUGAUGUAUGAAGCAACAACACAAGGGUUGAUUAAUGGAUGGAAUAUUAAUACUAACAGGAAUGAUAAUUAUAUAAAUCAUGAGAAUUCAAUUGUGGAAUCUUGGUCAUCUUAUAACAAUAAGAUUAUUAAUCCUUUACAUCAUCAUGUCCAGAAUAUUGAAAAAUUAAGAACAGAAAAUAGUAAUGGCUCAAUAGUUGUUGUGCCUCAACAACAAGCCUAUAAUGAAUUCAACCAGCAAUAUUUUCUGGCAGGUCAAUUUAAUCCAAUUAAUUCCAAGCCAAGGGAAAGCAUGUUGUGGGAAGACAACUCCUGGAAAUCCUGAAUUUUUUUACCAUUUAUUUUGUUUUUGUUUUUAGUCAUAUUUAUCCUGUUUUGUUGUUUGCUCUAGCCAUUUGGUGUGUGCAUAUCUGUAUAUUGCACAAUAUCACAUGUUCUACGUCUCUUCAGUAAGAAGUUAAAUGUUAUUUUAUGAAACAUUUUACAGUACUGUUUUGGUGGUUGUUACAUAUUA